UUCAGAAAUGGCCGAGAUUGCCUUAGCAGUUGGUAGUGCAGUUGGUGGUGCAUUUCUGAAUGUUCUAUUUGAAAGGCUUGCUAGUCGGGUUGAGCUGCUCAAGAAGAAUAAGCAUGAUGGUGGGCUUUUAAAGAAGCUGGGGAACACUUUGGUUGGUCUUCAGAUUGUGCUGAGUGAUGCGGAGAAUAAGCAGGCAUCAAAUCAACAUGUGAGACAGUGGCUUAAUAAGCUUCAGAGUGCUGUGGACUCUGCUGAAAACUUAAUGGAACAAGUCCAUUAUGAGGCUUUGAAGCUUCAUGUGGAAGGCCAACAUCAAAAUCUUGCAGAAACAUGUAACCAGCAAGUAGGUGACCUCAACCUGAGCUUGAGUCAUGAUGUUUUUCUUAAAAUAAAGGAGAAGUUGGAAGACGCCUUUGAAACAUUGGAGGAUUUGGAAAGGCAAAUCAGUCGCGUUGGCUUACAGAAGUAUUUCGAUUCGGGUAAGAAACUAGAAAUUAGAACACUGUCAACUUCUGUGGUUGAUGAAUCUGAAAUCUUUGGUAGGGAGAUUGAAAUAGAGCGAUUGAUUGACUGUUUAUUGUCUAAUGAUGCGAAAGGAAAAAAUCUGACUGUUGUCCCUAUUGUUGGAAUGGGGGGCCUGGGCAAGACAACACUUGCUAAAGCAGCCUACAACGAUAAGAUGGUGACAGAUCAUUUUGAAUUGAAAGCUUGGACCUGUGUGUCUGAGCCAUAUGAUGUUUUGAGAAUAUCAAAAGAGUUACUUCAAGAAAUUGAUUCAUUUGACUCAAAGUAUGACAAUAAUCUUGAUCGGCAACAAGUCAAAUUGAAGGAAAAACUAAAUGGAAAAAGGUUUCUCAUUGUUCUGGAUGAUAUGUGGAAUGAAAACUACGAAAAGUGGGAUGAGUUGAGAAGUCUUUUUGUACAAGGAGCUGCAGGAAGUAAGAUCAUUGUAACUACACGUAAGGAGAAUGUUGCCCGGACGAUGGGUAGUGGGGUAGUCAACGUGGGGACUCUGUCUAGUGAAGCCUCUUGGGCUUUAUUCAAACGACAUUCUCUAGAUAACAGGGAUCCCAAGGAACAUCCAAAACUUGAGGAGGUUGGAAAACAAAUUGCAGUCAAGUGCAAAGGAUUGCCUUUAGCUCUAAAGGCAAUUGCAGGUAUUUUACGCUGCAAAUCAGAGGUGGAUGAGUGGAAAGACAUUUUAAGAAGUGAAAUAUGGGAACAGACUUUGAAUGAUAUACUACCAGCGUUGAUGUUGAGCUACAAUGAUCUUCCUGCACAUUUGAAGCAAUGUUUUGCUUUUUGUGCUAUAUAUCCCAAAGAUUAUCAGUUUUGCAAAGAGCAAGUUAUUCACCUGUGGAUUGCUAAUGGUCUUGUACAACCAUUGCAUUCUGGUAGACAAUACUUUGACGAGUUGAGAUCAAGAUCAUUGUUCGAAAGGGCCCCAGAGUCUUCUGAAAGAUAUGGAGAGAAAUUCUUAAUGCAUGACCUUGUCAAUGAUUUGGCCCAAACUGCAUCUUCAAAACUUUGUGUCAGGUUGGAAGAGUGCCAAGGAUUUCAUAUGCUGGAACAAUGUCAGCAUAUGUCGUAUUCAAUGGGGAGAGGUGGUGACUUUGAGAAAUUGAAACCGCUCUCUAAGUCAGAGAAGCUGAGGACAUUACUUCCAAUCAAUACCCAGGGCCUUUGCUGUCCUAAGCUAAGCGAGAGGGUCCUGCCUAAGCUAAGCAAGAGGGUCCUGUAUAACAUACUGCCAAGUCUAAGAUCCUUAAGGGCAUUAUCAUUGUCAGGUUAUGGGAUUGUGGAGAUGCCAAAUGACUUGUUUAUCAAAUUAAAGCUCUUGAGAUUUUUGGACCUUUCUUGGACAGAGAUUAUAAAGUUGCCCGAUUCUAUCUGUGCAUUGUAUAACUUGACGACACUUCUCCUGUCAUCCUGUAGAUAUCUUGAGGAGUUACCGCUGCAGAUAGAAAAGCUAGUCAACUUGCGGCACCUUGACAUAAGCAACACUUUUCACUUGAAGAUGCCGCUACAUCUGAGCAAGUUGAAAAGCCUCCAAGUGUUCGUGGGAGCCAAGUUUCUUCUAGGUGGUUUGAGAAUGGAAGAUUUGGGUCAACUGCAUAACUUGUACGGAUCUCUAUCAAUUCUAGAGUUGCAAAAUGUGGUUGAUAAUAGGGAAGCUCUGAAGGCAAAGAUGAGGAAAAAGGAACAUGUUGAGAAGUUAUCUUUGAAGUGGAGUAGAAGUAUUGCCGACAAUUCACAAACUGAAAGAGACAUACUUGAUGAGCUACGCCCGCACUCAAAUAUAAAAAAACUCCGAAUCUCCGGAUAUAGAGGGACACAAUUUCCAAAUUGGCUAGCUGAUCCUUCGUUUCUUAAGCUGCUAGUACGAUUGUCUCUUAGCAAAUGCAAGGACUGUUUUUCCUUGCCAGCACUAGGACAACUUCCUUCUUUGAAAUCCCUUUCCAUUAGAGGGAUGCAUCGAAUAACAGAGGUUACGGAAGAAUUCUAUGGUAGUCUGUCCUCCGAAAAGCCUUUUAACUCUCUUGAGGAGCUUGAAUUUGCACAGAUGCCUGAGUGGAAGCAGUGGCACGUACUAGGGAUCGGAGAGUUUCCUGCACUUCAGGACCUUUCCAUUAAAGAUUGCCCCAAGUUGUUGGGGAAGUUGCCUGAAAAUCUUUGUUCUCUGACGAAAUUGAGAAUCUCAACAUGUCCUGAACUCAAUUUGGAGACACCCAUCCAACUUUCAAGUCUUAAAAGGUUUGAAGUUGAUAAUUCUCCUAAGGCUGGAGUUGUCUUUGAUGAAGCUGAAGUGUUUACAUCCCAACUUGAGGGAAUGAAGCAGAUUGCUAGAUUAUAUCUUACUGAUUGCAACUCUCUUACCUCCUUGCCUACUAGCACUCUGCCGAGUACGUUGAAGACAAUAAGCAUAGUUGAUUGCCGGAAAUUGAAAUUGGAGGCACCAGAUAGCAGUAAGAUGAAUUCUAACAUGUUUCUGGAGGAAUUGACACUGGUUGGAUGUGAUUCUAUAUCAUCAACUGAGUUGGUCCCAAGAGCACGCCAUUUGACUGUAUGGUCUUGCCAAAACCUUGCUAGGUUUUUGAUUCCUAAUGGGACUGAAAGAGUCCAUAUUGCGUUGUGUGAGAAUCUUGAAAUACUUUUGGUGGCAUGUGGGACCCAGAUGACGCCAUUGCAUAUUAUCUAUUGCAAAAAGCUGAAGCGGCUGCCAGAAGGUAUGCAGGAACUCCUUCCAUCUCUUAAGGAACUGCGACUGUAUGGUUGUCCAGAAAUAGAGGCCUUUCCUGAUGGAGGAUUGCCCUUCAAUUUACAACUCCUUAGGAUCGAACAUUGCAAGAAACUGGUGAACGGCCGAAAGGAGUGGCGUUUACAGAGACUCCCCUCUCUCAGAGAGUUGGAGAUCUACCACGAUGGCAGUGACGAAGAGAUUGUUGGUGGUGAGAACUGGGAGUUGCCUUGCUCCAUUCAAAGUCUUACCACAGGCAAUCUGAAAACAUUAAGCAGCCAAGUUCUCAAAAGCCUCAACUCUCUUGAAUCUCUAGAUAUUCGUAAUUUACCACAAAUUCAGUCGCUGCUGGAACAAGGGCUUCCCUCCUUCCUAUAUGCGCUGACCAUCAAGGAUUGCUUUAAUCUCCAAUCCCUUCCAGAAUCAGCGCUUCCCUCCUCCCUCUCUGAGCUGACCAUCGAGAAUUGCCCUUAUCUUCAAUCCCUUCCAGUAAAAGGGAUGCCCUCUUCCCUCUCUAAACUAUCUAUUGACGAAUGCCCAUUGCUCGAACCACUCCUAGAAUUUGACAAGGGGGAGUACUGGCCAGAAAUUGCUAAUAUCUCCUCCAUAUAUAGUGAUUGGGUGUAUUUGUAAUGAUUAAAACGAGUGGUGCUCCGGUAGAUUGUGGAGCAUCUAUGGCCCAAACAGUGUCUUGAAUUCGACGAGGGGGUUUACUAGCCAAAAAUUGCUCAUAUUUCCACCGUAGAUAUUGAUUGGGAGUACUUGUAAUGAUUAAAAUGAGGGGUGCUCGGAUAGAUUGAAGCUGAGGAAGCGUCUUCAGAUCAAGAUGAAAUCUUUAUAUUUGCACCAAAACAUUGAAAAAGAAAUCUAGUUUAGACGAAAAUAUGAUUCGCCUUCAUCUUCUACAGUAAUAAGGGUUCCAAGGAAUGCAAUCUCACUUUCUCAAUCAGGUACCGAAGACCUUGAAAAGAGUUGCAUCAAGCUUGAGAUUCAAAGAAACUGGAAAAGACUUCAAAUAUUUAAGCCUGUUACAUCGCACUGAUUUCAAGCGAUUUUGCUAAGACUCUUCAAAAAGAAUGGAAAUUAUUCAGCGUCGUGAAAACUGUUACAUGAGUUGUUCAAUCAAUUUGCAGAACCACUAAGAAGUGCACAAAUGCUUCAAGAAUGAAAUCUCUAUUUCACAAUCAGGAGUUGUUCAGUCUCUGAGCUGCAUAUAUAUCAUUGGCGUAAUCUCUAAUCGCUUCCAGAACCAUCAGAUUAUCCUCUUCCAUGUCUGAACUAUGUAUUUCCUACUGCCUGUCCCUUGAACCACGUCAAGAAUUUUUAAAACGAGUGCUGCUCUGAAAAAUUUAAAUAUUGUAGAGCAGCAUGUAGCGUCUAUUGCCACUGUGAAGCCGAGAGAGCAUCUUCAGAUUAACAUGAAAAAUGACAAAUAAAAGUUACUUGAGUAAGAAGGAUAUGGUUUAGAGCUGCACAUGUUCACCCUUGUGCUUUGAUAACAAGUAGAAUCUUACUGUCCUCCGGAAAUGCAGUCUCUCCAAUAGAAUAUCCAAGGAUUUUGGUAACAAUAUGCUCUUAGCUCAGUUGGUGAAAGGAAAAUCAUGAUAACAUUCCCCCUUGAAAGGACAAUCACCUCGACUGUGAUCUGCGAGCAAACUGUAAGUGAAGUGCUUCUCUUUUAUGUGGAAUUUGACAAUACUACUCUUUGAUCAGAAUAUCUGUGACUACAAUUUUUUUUGUUGUUGGAUAACCGUGGUGUCCAGGCCAGCUUUCGCGCACCUCGACUAAAUCCACGGGAUACCUGCCACCUCCCACCAACAACAGAUAUCAAGUAACUUUUUCCUCCCAAGGCUAGGACAGAUGGGAAGAAUCACCUAGUAUUUUUUGUCUCUGCCCUUGGGUGUAUAUCUGGACUACAAUCUAGACUGAACCUUCGGGUAGACUCUGCAGUAUCAACAGCCAUAGCGCAUGGAGUAUGGUAGAAUUCCUCAGUAAGGUCAUUCAGGAAUCAUGUGGCGCGAUGAAAGGUGUUUCCCCUACUUCUGGAAUAGGGGGGCUUCCUUGUUUUUAAGGUGUCAAGGCGCUCAAAGGUCACAAGUGGAAGCAACUGAUACUUUGAUCAUUCAAUGGACUCCCUUCUGCCAGUCCGUGCUUGUUGUCAUGCUUGCAAAAGCUGGGAGGUCGGUCGGUUAUACCUACUAUUGGAUUUUUCAGAUUGAUUGUUCGCUGCAAUCGCUUUGAUCCACCCAAAUUCUAUGGAGCAUACAACUCUAAUGGAACCCAAAGGUACAUGAGAAUAAAAAUUGUUUAAUGGAACACACAAAAGAACAUAUUGUUAUUUUGACGAGGCUCAACGAUUAUUUGGGAAGUAAAAAGUUUCAAAGAUCUCUGCUCAAGUCGAGAAGGGCAAGCUAUUGACGCUUUGAGUUGUACUUAUUCUCAUGUUGGAUGGUACAUCAAGAUCAUGGAUGUGAUAACUUGUAUUGUUGGCUUUUGUUUUUGGAUAAUUAGGCUCUCACGGCUUUAAAAUGUGUCACAAGGGUCUACGACUCGCUUCUUUGUAUACUAACAAUUAAUGUCUCUUGUGUGUUUUGUUUUGUUGAUGUGACAAUAGCUUUCUUGUUUUACCCCGACGCCGAAUGGGUCUUCAGGAAACCUGACUUCCUCUAUAAUAUAUAAUGUAGAUACAUAUAGAAUCAACUAUGUCUUGAAUAUUAGAAUUUUCGACAAUAAACUCUAACGUCAAGUCUAGCUAGUUCUAGUUCAUGCAUAUGGAAAUAUCCAUCUGUUGCAACUGCACUUGUCCUCUUCCUCCUCCUCUUAUUAUCACAUUUCAUACAUGUAAAAUUCAUGUACUUUUCCACAAUAUUAGGCUUGCACGACUUUAAAAUGUGUUACAAGGGUCCAAGGGUUGCUUUUAAAUACACCAGUAAUCAACG